AUUCAUCUCCACCGUCAACCCCUGCUUGUGGCCACCAUCUUUUUCUCAUUCUUAUUUCAGUCACCACUAUUAUUCCUCAUUUUCCGAUCAAUUCUGAACCACCUUCCAAUCCUCUGUAUGUAUGUAUGUUUCAGUUUCUAACGUCUCUUGAGUUGAGGAAUUAUUUUAAGUAAAAGGUUUUCCAUUGCUGAAUUUUCGACUUAGAUAGUUCGUGGCAUGGGAGUUAUGACUGUAUCUAGCUCUGCUGCACGGACGCCAUUUGGAUUAACUACAAGAUUUCCGCCUCAUCCGUCUCCAACUAAGACAUCAAUAAUGGUAUUAGCGUUCAAAACCGAUAAAACCAAGAACACAACUUUGGUUUCGUCCAAAGAAUCUGCAAAUUUAUCUGUUGAUACACCUAAAGAAAGCCCAAAGAGACAUAGACGGAGUAAGAAGUCUUCAGAGCGAGUACAAGCUUUGUCAACUGCCGAAGCUCCCUACUGCUCAUUAGAUUUGGAUUAUCUUGAAGCUGCAGCCGAACUGAAUAGGAUAUACAAGCUCAGUCCCGCUACUAUUGAAUCUGAUACUGAGGACUGUGAUAGUGAGGUGACAAGGGGAAGAAAAAAGAUCUCUGAAAUUAGUAAGAAGCCUGAUGUUGUGAGGGGUCGACAUAAAAGGUUUCCGAGAUUGACACUUGAAAACAGGAUCCAUUUGAAAAACAAGAAAGAUGUUGCACCUAUUACUUCAAACCAGAAGAGAAAGCGUGUAAAGGACAAUGAAGAUGAAAAGAUUAACAUGCUGGUUGGAGACAACUCAACUUCUACCGAUUUAGGUAGCUUAGACUGGAAGAAAAUGAAGAUCCCGCCGGUUCUUCCUUCUUCAGAACAUACUCGAUUGUUUAAGCUAUUGCAAACGAUGAAGGCAACCCUUAAAGUGAAAGAGGAGUUGUGGAAAGCUUUGGAAAGAGAACCAACAGAUGGAGAGUUGGCUGAGGCGACGAACAUGGAUGUAUCACAAUUGCGGAAACAUAUCGGACUCGGCCAAACAGCCAGAAACAAAUUAAUCAAGCAUAAUCUUCGACUGGUGUUAUUUGUCAUGAACAAAUAUUUUCAAGAGUUUGGAAAUGGGCGAAACUUCCAAGACCUCUGCCAGGCGGGAGUGAAAGGUCUGAUCACAGCCAUUGAUCGUUUUGAACCAAGAAGAAAGUUACAACUCUCAACAUACGCUUUAUUCUGGAUUCGGCAUGCCAUCAUACGGUCCAUGACCCUCUCAAGUUUCUAUAAAGUCCCAUUUGGCCUUGAAUCGGUUAAAAUAGAAAUACAGAAGGCGAAAAAGAAGCUAUGGUUUGACCAUAUGAGACCUCCAACUGAAGAAGAAAUAGCAAACAAAGCUGGAAUUUCCGUGGAGAGAUACCGUGACGUAACAAAGACAUCGAGACCCAUUCUUUCUCUCAACCGAAAAAAUUCAGUCACACAGGAAGAAUUUAUUAACUCAUUUGCAGAUGAUGAUGGCGAUGAGAGACGGCAGCCUGCUCUUCUCAGGCUCGCACUCGAUGAUGUGCUUGAUUCGUUGAAACCAAAGGAAAGCUUGGUGAUCAGACAAAGAUAUGGGCUGGAUGGUAAAGGGAAUAGAACACUGGGAGAGAUCGCAGGUAACUUGAAUAUAUCAAGGGAAAUGGUUAGGAAGCAUGAAGUGAAGGCUCUGAUGAAGCUCAAACACCCAGUAAGAGUUGAGUAUCUACGUCACUAUCUCUUGUGAAUCAUCUUCAUUCGCUUUCUUUUCUAUGUGGAUAUACUUGUAUUAUAGUUAUGAGCUAAAAAAGACACAAAAUACACCCUACAUUGUAGUUCCAAGUCACACCUGUACUUAUAUGUAACUAUACAGUAAAGGAAAGUCUGAUUAUAGUAA